UUGAUUUAAAAUUGUAUUCUAUUCGAAAUUUGGAUCUAUCUUAUAAUUGCGCAAAAAUAGGAUGGAAAAUGCGGAAACCGAGUUUCCAAAUACAAAAAAUCCGAAUUUCAGUAAAAAGUUUUCAAAUCGAGUUAGAAAAUAGAGCCCUAUAAGAAAAUAACAAAAUUUAUUUUCAUAGAAUAUAAAACUUUAAUUUUUUUCUUUAACAAAUAAAGUUCAUAAUAUUACUUUUUAUUGUUUUAGACCGCACUACAUUGGGCUGCCAAGCAUGGUAACCAGGACGUUGUUAAAUUAAUAGCGGGCACACACAAAGCGGACGUGGAUGCGAGAUCGGUUUGUGUUAACUUAACGGUUUUUUUUUUUUGUACUCUAAAAUACUAAUUAUUUAAAACUUAUUUAAAUUUCAAACUAAUAACGUAAACAUUAUUUUCUAUUUCAAAUUUAUGCAAAUACCCUGAUCAUCAUUUCCAGAAUGGCGGUUAUACUCCUUUACACAUUUCAAUGCAGUUCGGAAGGGCUGAUGUUUUUGAGUUGCUCGUCAAUGUUUACA